UAACAUUGUGGGUAAAGGACAAGGCAAAACGUUUCAGACGGAACUUAUGUUCAAAACCAUGGGAGUGGAACCGGUUAUAAUGUCUGAGGGAGAGCUGGUGUUAAGUUCAUUACUUCGUUAUUCCCUCUGGACUCAUUUCACUCUUUCUAAUCUCACGAAAUGGUACUCGUUAUGAAAAGCAAAAUACCGAUCUUACUGAUUAUCCAUAAGCGAAGUUCAACGAAUAGCUCAAAGAAACCCUAUAUAUGAUCUCAUGACGAUCAAGGGAGGAAAGUCUGAUGAUAAUUCCACAAACAACUUUAAGCGUAAGGAAACAGUGCAUACAAACGAUCGUUUAUAAAUGAAGCAAAGACAUUUUUUUAACAUAACAAACUAUCUCAUGGCUAGUUCUAAUAAACCGUUCUUAAGGUAAUGGAUGCUAAACAUAUCCUUAGAAUUCCACUUGUCUACAAACGUGACCCAUAUUGUAUUUAUUAAAUUGAAUUUUGGUUUAUUCAUGUUCAGACCAGCCUUGAAUUGUAGUAUAAUCCAACAUGUGUUGGACAGUAGUAUCGUUUUAUAAUUUCUUGGACUCUCUUCUCGUUGAUUAAGAUAUGAAGACCCUUCUUUUAUAAUUCGAGUUAUCUACCAAAAGAAGUAGCUAAACAACAUAGCUGUUGUCAAGUUGUGAAAAGAAGCUGCUGGUAGAAGCCACAAGAAUUACAUCUCCAAUAAGAUGGUACGUGUGUUAAGACAUUAUUCGAGAGAUCCAAAUGUACCAUACUGAGAAACACUAACAGCUUUCAAAAUCUAAUCUCUUUAUCAUAUUCUUUUCAGUAAUUAUCGAAACACCACGUAGACGUAGUAUUUGUUUAAUCCGGGCAACUUUCAACCCUAUGAAUUAUAAAUCAAUUGGGAAACUAUCGGACAUAGCUAGCUCAUCGUAAUUUUCGGAAUCUCAAAAUUAUAGAAAGAAAAGUGUAAACUAAAAACAAAUGUAAGAAAAGAAAAGGAAAGGAUCAAAAAGAUGUAAAAGUCUAAAUAUAAUAGAAACUUGCCUCCUAAUCAAGCGGGUAAAAGAUUACAGAAAUUUAAAGCCCAACAAGGAUUAGGGUUUAGGAAUUGUGCUAUAUAUAUAGAUAGAUCAUAGAUGCAGUUAAAUAUUACCCUAGAUAGAGUCAAAAACUAAGUAGAGAUCGAUCAUCGAUGGUAUCGCUUAGGAAAAGAAAGAGAGCAAGAAAAGUCAUCAAGGGCAAAAUCAAUGAUGAUGAUGUAAGAAGAAGAAAAAGAAACAUGAUUGAUGAGUUACCUGAGAGCUUAUUGUUGGUCGAGAUCUUCAUGAGGCUACGUAAUCCCAGAUAUAUCAUGGCCUGCAAAAGCGUAAGCAAGAGAUGGAACUCUUUGAUCUCUUCUUUCUUCGAUGAUCACAGAUGGAGCAGCUUGGCUUUGAUCGUCAACACAGAUCCUCUGUGUACUACGAACGAGUUAUCUUUAGAGGGAUGGAAAGGUUUCCAGUUAAGCAACUAUAUGGAUCCCGAGAUUAAGUCUCCGGUUUGUGUACUAGCCUCGUACAGAGAUGUCUUGCUAUGCAAGAAAUUUAAGGAAUCACGAUUCUACAUUGUGAAUCCCGUGACAAUGCAAUGGACCCGACUUCCUCAAACGUGCGGCAGAUUAUCUCCUAUUGGGUUAACAGGGAAUGGGUCAAAGGGCAGGUACUAUGUUGUUAACCUGGUGAGGUCUGAACCUUGUGUGCUUUGCCUCAGUGUUUUGGACACUAAGCGCGGUAAAUGGAGAAUACGUCUUAUAGAGCAUCCGCGUUGGUCAGAAUUUGGAUGGUGCCCAACGCAGUGCCAUGCCGUGAACUUUGAGGGAGCUCUACAUUGGCUAGGCCAAAACGGACCUAUUGUAGCUUAUAAUCCAAAGUAUAGGCAUGCGUGCAUAGUCAUCCAUCGUUUCCCAGAGAUGCGUCAUGAAUCAUAUGGUGAGAAAGCGGUGGUCACGGAGACCUUAACAAUCUCAAUGGGCUAUCUACGCGUCAUUCAGCUCGUUUGCUAUCCCUGUAAGAGUGAAAAAGAUCACCAUCUUGUUAUUUGGACACUGGUGGAUUACAAAAAAUCGAUAUGGAAACAAGAAGAGCAUGGGCCAAUAUACUUCAGUGACAUGGUUUCUGAUCUUUCAUGGAUACAAGACUACAUGCAGCGUUAUAAUCUGACGACAAGUAAAGAAAACUGCAUGGCCCUUAUUAAGGAAGUUUUUUUGCUUCCUCGAGAAACCAGAAGACAGCAGAUCAUUUGGCCACAGCCUUUGCAUUGCCAUCCAGACAACCCUCUUCUCGUUUACUUGUACUUACCAGAAAGCAUCGUCUUACUUGAUAUCACAACAAAAAAGCUGAGGUUAAUAACUAAAGUCGCCACCAGAACUAGACGGAUGGGCUACCACUUUUACUGGACCCGAUAUGACAAGGUAAUACCACUCACACUUCACUUAGAUCCAUCCUUGAUCCCCGACACCAUCGGAAGAUGAGUGAG